GAAAACAGUUUUUGAUGUCAGCUGUCAGAGUAGAUCCAGAUAAUCAUAACAUUACACAAUCAAUAGUGUUUUGGUGGACAUGUAAAAUCUGUGAAAGUGAAGCAAUUAAUAAUAAAGUGAGACUGUAUCAGCGGAACAUAUUCUCAAUUGGCUUCGUUAUAAAAUCGGCGAUUUUUUUAAAUAUUGUCUUUAGUGACAGUUUUUUGUAAUUCAUUUUAGAAACAAAAUGGCUGGACCUACAUCUCCUCAUCUUGUCAUUCCUUUGAUGUUUUGGGGGGAAUCAUCUCCAUCCCAUUGCAUUUCAGCAAUCCAAAUUUCACAUGAUCAUUGUACUUUAGUAACCGGAAGUCAUGAUGGUCAACUGUGUGUUUGGGUUAUGGAUCCAAAUACUUACAAGGCCACCCCUAAAUGUUUAUUAGUGGGUCAUACAGCUUCUAUUGUGUGUCUUGUAGCAGCUAAGAACACCCUAGAAAUGGAAUGUAUCGUCAGUUCAUCAGAAAAUGGAGAAAUGUGUACAUGGGAUUUGAUUGAUGGUCAAUGUAUUGAAUCAGUUAAGCUCCCCCAAAUUCAUUCUCACAUACAGUCAUAUUCGUUUGGAGGGACUGAAGAUGCGUCUCUGUUUUGCAUUGGAAACUAUCCAGAGAUCCUUGUCAUUGACCCGUUUACUUUAGAAAUAAUUAUGAAUCUGACUAGUCGCGUGCAUCCUGAUUGGAUGGCAGCAAUUCACGUUUUACGUCCAACACGGAGGCAAGAUGAUGUGGUAUUGGGAUUAACCACUAGCGGCGUGGUCAAAGUCUGGACUGUAGGCGCACAAGAUUUGAACAAUUUAGGAGAACCCGUUCUGGAACAUGAGAGCAAGCAAAUUCGUUGUUUAAGUGCAACGUCUAUGACGUGUUGUUUGUAUAAUCAAAGGACUGUUAUCAUUGUUAGUCCUAAAUAUUGGCAGAUUUACGAUGCCGGCGAUUUUUCGUUGCUGUGCUCCAUGGCAUCGAGGCAAGGCGAAUCGUGGGUUGGUGGAGAUUUCUUGGCUACCGAUCGCGUUAUCGUAUGGAAUAACGCAGGGACGGGAUUCAUCUAUCGACUUCCAACAAACAAACUGAAAGGACAUGUCAUGCGUUGUGUCGUGGAGAGCAAGGACUUCCACAAUAAAUCCUCAGAAGAAGAUUUCCCUUUCCUCUACUGCGUUCUGAAAUUGGCAGAUGAGCAAAAAUUCCCUUGCCCGCCUUCCAUUCGCUGUAGUUUAGUUGUCAAGGGUGACGGCCGGCUGGUCAAACUUUUAUUGCGAGGUGAUGCAAACGGUCGUGUUUCCGUGUUCAGCAUUCCAGAGGUUACGGACAAUCAGUUGGAACAAAUUCAACAACUUGAUUUUGACAACCCGCCAAUUAUGAAUCCCCAGUCAUGCAGUAGCCUUGCAGAUGCAUGGGACGCAAUUUAUCCGAAACCCGUUGGAGUACUAAGUCAUGUGGACAACAAUAUCUCUGUCACAGCUAGUUUGUAUAUUACAACACAAAAUCGUCUCGUGUGUGGCAGAGCAGAUGGUUCUAUUGUUCUUGUUAAUGGCCUCGCAACACUCAAGUCGCUGCUUCUUCAGCAAUCUCAGAAUGAUUUACAAAAUAUGCUCACUCUUGAGGGACAUACAUCCAGAGUGACUUGCUUGUUGUAUCCUUAUCAAUUACACACUCGCUACGAUCCAGUUCAACUCGUAUCGGGCGGGGCCGACUUCACUCUCUGCUUAUGGGACAUCUCUUCUGGAACACUACUGCAAAAAUUCUGUGUCCAAGUUGGAGAAAUAGCUCAGUUACUCGUACCUCCAGCUAAUUCAUCGCCGCGCAUUUUGCAGUGCAUCUGUAGCGUUGCCAAAGACCAUUCCGUUUCUCUCAUCAGUUUAAAGGAGCGCAAAUGUGUUCUCCUCGCAUCACGUCACCUAUUUCCAGUGACGUGCAUCAAAUGGCGCCCGCUAGACGACUUUAUGAUGGUCGCUUGUUCCGAUGGAACUCUUUAUGUCUGGCAAAUGGAGACUGGGCAGUUAGAUCGAGUCGUCCAUGGGAUGUCUGCUGAAGAAAUAUUGAACGCAUGUGAUGAAAGCGUUUCUAUCGUUCCUAGUUUUCAAGAAGGAGGGCUGGCCAAUCCCGCUGUACAUUUUUUCCGUGGGCUGAAGCAUCGCAACAUCUCUGCCAUCCGACAUGCCGCUCUUAGGGGACUCAAUCAACUGCAGCACGCAAGUGCGUCAGGUCAUCAUGAUUCUGGAGAUCAUGCCAAGGAUCGAGGCGUUCCCUUGACCAUCCAGGGACUUCGUUCAAACGCGAGUGAAAAAGAAUUUCACGCCGUUUUCUUCGAUGCAGAAGCACUCGUUGUUCAACUGUUGCACGAGGAGUAUAGUUUGAUGUCACCCAACACCCUGGAGACUCACGGUCUCAUCAACCAAAGUGAAUAUCAAAAAGUUGCCGCUUUGACUCAUUCGGCUUCACCAGAUGCCCAAAAGAAAAUCGCAGAUUUCCUUGGCAAAGUUAAGGACAAAGCCGGAGACAUGGAAAGACGUCUUAAAGACAAAGACAAACACGGCAUUCUGGCAAAAGUGAGAGAAAGCGCGGAGAACAUGCAACAUAAAAUCCAAUCCAGAAGUGAUGCUGGAGCCAGUGUUAGGUCUUCAGAGAGAGGAGCUGAAGACGACGGUCUUUCCAACAACGAAAAUGUGCGUCAACGUCAAAUUCCGCAUACUUUGCCCAACGAUUGGAGUUUGACAAUGGAAAUAGCCCAGCUUCUUCUUUCAUUACUGCAUGGAUGGACAUUGGACAAGGAUUUGGAUCAUGCCUGCCAGAACAGAUUAGGUCUCGCCAAACCCAAGAGCCCCGUAUGCUUCGGACUUAUUUCACGUUCUGGCCACAUGAUGCUUAUGCUUCCUACAUGGCCUGCCGGAGAGCCUGUAGAUCAUUUCACUUCAUUUGGACAUUGGGCGAUAUCGAGCACGUUAACCACCAACCAUUUACUAGCUAUUGUGGCGCUAUCAAAUACGCUUAUGUCUAUGAACAGUGCUGCAUUCACCGACGGGAAAAUCAUCCGCCAAUUUCCCCCAAGAGAAAUCGCGAGGUCCAGCGAGGAUAGAAAGGGAGAGGAAUCUUCCAUGGUCCUUGAUGUGCAAACCAAGCAGGGAUGGAGCUUGAUGGCAACUUUGCAUUGUGUGCUGUUGCCCGACAAAGUUCAAGAGCUCCAACUGCUGCACAAUUCUUCGGUCUUGGAAGUAUUUAGAAAGGCUCAGAUAGAAAUGCUUGCGCGUCGUUGGCAAGACCGUUGUUUAGAGAUUCGAGAAGCAGCACAAGCUCUUCUCCUUGCCGAGUUGGAGCGAGUGGGAGUGGAUGGGAGAAAAUCCUUGGUGGAUAAGUGGGCCACUUUUCUGCCCACAUAUGCAGAUCCCUUCACUAUAAUCGGCUCUUCGCUGAGCGUCGGAUCGAACGCAGCCAAUCUCACGGGAUCUGGAACGCAGAAUCUUUCGAUUCCUUCACAGCAGUGGGGAAGUGAUGGAAGUUCACCAGCCCGUCCAACCGGAGAGUAUGAGGCGGAAGAGGAUCACGAUGAUGAAGAUGAUGGUGAAGAUGUUGCCCUUCGCCGACCCAAUCGUUCCAUGGAACUCAAGCGACGACAAGCGACCUCUGUAGUAUUAUUGGGUGUCAUUGGAGCGGAAUUUGGCCAAGACGUCGGCGAAAAUAAGAGAACAGGCGAGGCAGAUCCGCGCAAAAAGAAGACUGUCGAAGGUUUUGGCCUGGGACCGAAUCAGAAUCUUGCACGAUUGACCAGCAAAGCACUGACUUAUUUGUUGUUGGCGCCAGCGACACCCAAAUUACCUUUGCAUACUUCGUUACGACGAGCAGCCAUCGAUUUGAUUGGACGUGGUUUCACGGUCUGGGAACCACAUCUUGAUGUCUCCAAAGUGCUCCUGUCCAUGCUUGAACUUUGCUGUGAAGGAGAUAAACUCAUCCCGAGUAUGAGCUACGGUCUUCCUUUGAGUCCAGCAGCCGACUCUUGCCGCACGUCACGGCAUGCUCUAACACUGAUAGCCACUGCACGACCCGCUGCAUUCAUCACAACUAUGGCAAGAGAGGUUGCAAGAUACAUCACUUUACAGCAGAAUGCCCAGGCAUUAAAUGUUAAUCUCGCUAAUACGACCCUAGCCAGAGCUAAACCAGAAAUACUUCGAGUGAUUGAAUUGCUCAUCGACAAAAUGCAAGCUGACAUUUCGGAUCUGCUCGUAGAGGUCACCGACAUCGUUUUACAUUGCGUGGACCACGGGCAUUUGAAAGGUCGGUCCCUUUCUGAAGUGUUUCCUUCCUUGUGUCGUUUCAGCCAGAUCACUCAUUGCUCUUCAAGUCGUCGAAUAGCCGUCGGUUCUCGAAAUGGAUCUCUGGCUUUGUACGAACUCCGCGGGCAAAAGUGCCAGUACAUUCAGGCACACAAUGCCGAGAUAACGGCUUGCGCCUUUUCGCCUGACGGGAAAAAUUUAGCGUCGUACUCUAGCACAGAGAACAGGCUGUCGUUUUGGCAGCAAUCGGCGACGGGUGUGUUUGGAUUGGGAGCGGUUCAGACACGCUGUGUUAAAACAUACACCACUGAUCCCGUGCCGCAGUGUGUAAGACCUGGAAGUACGAUACCGUUGAGAAUGGCUCGUCUUCAGUGGCACAGUGGCAAAACAGUUGCUAUCAUGCUUUCUGAUGGCUCCGAAACGCGUUACCAUCUCUGACGAGUGAUGAUGAGAAGUCAGAACUUACUUUUUAAAAUGAAGAAGUCGAAUUCCAACCAUAAAUCAAUGAAAUAGUCGUCGCUUCUAUUGCGAGCUCGAUGUUAGUUCUAAACAGUUUCUAUGUCUGGAUGUCUUCAUAUGUAAUAAACUCUAAUCAAAACA